AUGCUGUCAGCUCAGUUCUCAUGCUCAUGCCCGGCAUGUUCAUGGCCGGUCGGUCCAAUCCCGGCCGGCUUCACCACCCACCAGGCGAUCCAUCCAUCCCAUCCUUCCAGGUUCCGUCACCUCCAGCCGAUCCAUUACCACCAGCCGAUCCAUUCCUUCCAGCAUCAAGAAAUGAAUUUCGAUUUGGAUGUCCUUGAUCCAGCCCUCGAUGCGGCCCAAACUCAUGACUCUACACCGGCAUCCUUGCAGCAAUCCCCAUACAACGGCGACCUAUUCCUGGAGGACGACGAAGAUGAUCUAUCUCAGUCUGGAGUCGAUUCAAGCAAAAACACACCGGCGGUUUCGGGAAGGCAGGCUUCGGGUAGAGGGCGCAAGAAGGCUAAAGCGACCAAGAAAUCGAUUUCAGAGCCGACACUCCACAUCUCGUUGGACUAUUGCCUCUACGUCAACGUCCACAACCCGCACAUUUCCGUGAAGCAACGUGCGGCGUCCACAAAGAGCGAUUGGGACAAGAUUGUACCCAGCAAAGACGACUUGCCAUACUUGAACACUAAUCUUAUGCAUAGACAGUGGGACGAACUUCGGGACGAAAUUCUUCGGAUCAUUGGGAAUAGCCAACGGAAUCUCGAUGUCUUCCUUGAUCAAGUCAGGAAGACAGACAAUUUGAAGUUUCAUUUGUAUAUUUCAAACAGCCAUUUUUUUCCCUUCAGACGCGCAUACUACUGCUCGUCCGAUGAAGAACUCCGCCCAUUUGCUGAGGAGGUCGCUAAAAAACCGCUCCAGAAAGUUUUCAUCCGAGUUAUAAUGGAUGACCCGUCGGCACAGGAGAAGUCUCAUUCAGCAAAAGAUAAGUCUGAUAAACAGAAAAAGAAGGUGGAAAAGAUUCUUGCGAUGGCGGUUGGAUCUGAUAAAGAGCGUGUCCCGCUACAACGAGAGCAAGCUCGGCAGCUGCAGAAUACUCGCUCCGAUGUCAGUGGGGAUCCGAUUGGACCUUGGGUGGUCCGCCUUCGCCAGCAUCUUGAACAGAAAUCGAAUGCGAAGCCUUCUGAGGUCAUCUUCUGGCCCCACAAGGAUGAUCCAACUCUCGUGCUUCGGGUCAAUCAUAAUCGUCUAUGGGCCUGGGCUAAUGUGCUUGAGGCCAAAUCGGCCGGCCACAUUACGGAUGCGAACCGCCAUGUUGACAUGGACACGCCCCCAAACGGUUCAACUUUCCAGUGGGAGCGGAGAUCUGGAAUAUCGCCUUUGAAACAUCGUGCAGCGCCGGGUAAUUCUCAUAACAAUAAUCCCCGUCGAUUGUCGGUUGGGAAUCAGGGCCGAACCGAUGCAUUACCCCGACAAUUCAGUGGGUGUUCUGUCGCUGAUGUGAACAGGAUGAGUCCGGUGAGCCGUUGCGAUACGUUAAAUUCGGACGCGGCAGUCGAGGGUCGUGAAGAGGCCCUGGAUCUGAGAAACAUUGGGAUUUCCAAUGUUGUCGAUCUAGUGUCCAAAAGUUCAAACGACUCGAUUGACUACUUGAAUGAUGUGUCGGUGGAUUCCUCCAGAUCGGUCAACCACUUGGACCAAUCAUCAAGGAAUUCCGGAAGGCCAGCCGAUGCUGAACAUCCAAGGAAGAUGGCCCGAAGCCCUUCAGCUUACCCUACAUGCGAUUACAGAUGCAUUUCGGUCCAUCCACGCGAUACAUCUCCUUCUCGGUCUCCACCUCGAAAAUCACGAAGCGAGCCGCGGUUACCCCUACUUCCAGCUGGAAAAAAUAUGACCAUGAACGAUUUUCUCCGGCACUGCAACAUCGAAGUCGAUGACCCGAUGUGCCAGAUAUUAAUCAAAGGCCACGAUGUGAAGCACUGGUCUUUCUUUCGUGGCAAGUCCGACGAGCAGCUAAUGCGGAUUGGAUUCACUCGAGGGUUGGCGACUCAUCUGAGUGAUGGUGCGAGCGAGUUGGAGCUUACUAUGGUCCAGCAAGAAAUCACUGAACUCUAG